AUGAGGCAAAUAUGCGAAGGAUGGAUCAAUACUUUACCCUCCCCGGGUUAUUCCAUGUGGAAUCCAUGGAAUGGGGGGUGGACUGCAGAAAUUCCAGAUGGAUUCCAUGGAAUGGUGGAUGGAUUCCAUGGAAUGGGGGAUGGAUUCCAUACUUUUGGUGCAUGGAUUCCAUGGAAUGGUUGA